AUGGAGCAGCACGACCAGCUCCAGUUGAUUCGUCAGCUGCAGGCAGAUCUGGCAGCCAUGAAAAGCCAAUUUGCAGCAAGAGCUCCAUCAAUGUCGGACACUAGCAUGGAAUCAGCCCCUCCUUCGCCGAAGAAACCCAAAAUUAAGGACGUGCGCUGCUCAAACUUCAAGGGAAACGAGGUUUACCCUGGUUUAGGCGCCGGAUUUGAAAACUUUAUCCACGAGUUCGAACACGCAAUUCGAACCGAAGGGCUAGUGAAUGGCUCAACCUGGACCAACGAGCUUAAGGCGUCGGUGAUCGCUAACUAUCUGGAAGGUAAAGCGUCCAGGUAUUACCAUAAGAAAAGCUCAGAGUGGCAACGACGUCACGACGGUAAAAACAUACCAUAUUCAGAGGUGAAGCGCGCGAUGCGUGCAGAAUUUGGCUGUAUGUUAAGCCAACUGGAGCUCAGCACCAAGAUGCGUUGUAAUAAACGAAAAAGUGACUCGUGGCACGAUUACUUAGAGUAUUUGAACUUUAUUGAAGGACUUAUGGAGGGAGACCAGACGAAGCUAGUGAUGGAAGUAUUUGGUAACCCCGCAUGCCCUGAACUCGCAGCUACAUUUCUGGCGGCCCAGCAAGCAAGAUGA